CUCUAAAUGCCACAGUCGGUUUUGCUUUAUCGCUCUUGUGAGAGAGCCAACCGAUUCCCAGUGGCAAUUUCGUAAUACCAUGGGCAUUUCCUGCGACGACGUCGUUAUAGUCCAGCAGGGGAAGAAUCCCGGCGAGCCGACCGUCGUGACGAUCAAUUGUCCCGACAAGCCCGGCCUCGGCUGCGACCUCUGCAGAACCGUGCUUCAAUUCGGGCUUUGCAUUACCAAAGGAGAUUUCACGACGGACAAGAAGUGGUGCUACAUAGUGUUGUGGGUGGUGGCGAAUCAGAGCUCAAUGAAGGUCGAUUGGGAGAGGUUGAAGGAGCGGCUGCUCUCUGCUUGUCCGUCUUCGUGUUUCUACAAGGUUUACCUCAAUAUUCAGUCCAGUGCUCCCUCGCCGUCGCCGGUUUACCUCUUGAAGUUUUGGUGCUUUGACCAGAGAGGCUCACUGCAUGAUGUUACUAAGGUGCUGUGUGAGCUUGAGAUGCUGAUUCAGAGAGUGAAAGUGAUGCCAACUCCGGAUGGGAGGGUUUUGGACCUGUUCUUCAUCACGGAUUGCUUAGAUUUGCUACACACGAAAAAGAGGAGAGAUGACAUAUGUGAGCAUCUGAUGGCUGCCCUAGGAGAGUACUGUAUCACCUGUGAGGUUCAGUUGGCAGGGCCUGAAUAUGAAAGUUUGCAGGGAAAUUAUUCUCUUCCAUCAGCAAUUGCCGAAGAAUUAUUUAGCUAUCGGCUAACAGAUGACAAAGCUUGUCCGAAAGCUCUCAGCCCAAGUUUGGCAACAGUGAAAAACACAAGUAUUACGUUGGAUAAUACACUGAGCCCUGUUCAUACGUUGCUGCAAAUACAAUGUGUGGAUCAAAAGGGCCUCUUUUAUGACGUAUUAAGGACUUCCAAGGAUUGCAAAAUUCAGAUUGCCUAUGCUAGAUUCUCUUCUACUGUCAAAGGCAUCCGAAAUUUGGAACUGUUUAUUCAGCACACAGAUGGGAAAAAGAUUGUAGAUCCUGAAAGACAGGUUGCAUUGUGUUCUCGGUUGAAGGAGGAGAUGCUUCACCCGCUGAGAGUGAUCAUUGCCAACAAGGGUCCGGAUACUGAACUCCUAGUCGCUAAUCCAGUUGAGUUAUCUGGAAAAGGACGGCCCCUCGUCUUUUAUGAUGUUACUCUUGCACUGAAAAAGUUGGGAAUAUCUAUUUUCUUGGCUGAAAUUGUAAGGCAUGAGACUGAAGAUUGCCAGUGGGAAGUCUAUAGAUUUCUUUUGGAUGAUAGUCGAGAAUUUCCUUUGGGGAACAGAGAAGCUAGAAAUAAGAUUGUACAAAGAGUUAGAAGAACUUUGAUGGGAUGGUGAGCUGUUACUUCUGCUACUCUUUUGAUGAUUUGCAGUUUUGCCAUCCAGUAAGUUUGGCUUACUGCAAUUCUCUAUCAAAAUAAUUAUAGUUAUCAGCACUAAUGGCAUGAUAGAGUGUACUGGCUAAUUAAGCAGGAGGAAGUCCAUGGUUUUGUGCUGAGACACAUCUGUGGGACUCUACAGAACUAUGUUUAUCUUACGCCGCGAGUCUUGUCGCUUGAAUAUGCAAGUUUUGUGUGUUUGGAACAUAUGUAUGUUUUAUUUUCAUCUUCUUAUCCAAUGGGCAUGUAUGAUGUUUUCUGCAAGAAUUGACAUCCUGGAUUUGUAACUUAUGUUUUCUUGUAAGUUUGGAACACUGUGUAUGUUGUAUUUUCAUCUUCAAGCGCUUACACUUCAGUA